AUGAUUGAAGGAUUUGAUUCGCGUCGACAACAGUUAGAAUCGACAGAAUCUGAAACAGACGGCGGAUGUCCUCUGAUUAUCGAAGGAGCCGAUGAUUUGCCCACUUUUGAUCUGAUCCGACGCUUCCAAUUGGAUGACAUCGAUCUGGACUUUCCGGGAGUGAAACGCGUUCGCGGAUCAAAUAAAAUACAAACCGCUUAUCGUUUGUCGAGAAAAGCAGACCUAACACUACCCACGAGACAGGUGUUUCCGGACGGACUGCCGCAACAAUUUUCAUUUGUUUGCUCUUUUAAGAAGCGUCCGUCAAAAGAGGAGACGUGGACUGUCAUUAGGAUCAGCGAUGAGUCGGGUGCCGCACAGUUCGGAAUCACUUAUCUGCCAAAGAAACAGCGCUUAGACUUAUAUACAUUGGAUUACAACAAUCGCAUCCAAACACUGAAAUUUCCAGAUAUUGUCUGCGAAGACAACGAAUGGAAUAAAAUUCAUUUCAGUGUACUUUCAGAUAACGUCACUCUCUUUCAUAACUGCCAAAUGAAAGCCACAAUUCCUUUGGCCGUCAGAACGCCUAUCAAUUUGAAUGGAGAUAUUUGGUUAGCAAAGUAUGAGAACGAUUUGUCAACAGUUCCCUUAGAUCUUCAAUACCUUGUGGUCAGUUGUGAUCCGACGCGUCCGCACAGAGAAUCGUGCGCUGAGUUUGUGUAUAAGAAACCAGUGGUAACCCUUCCGCCCCCGCCUCCCACGCCAUCGCCAACACAGCCAAUGAGUGAAUGUCCCGUCUGUCCCGAAGGCCCUCCGGGUCCUCCUGGUCAAACUGGCGUAGGUGUUCCAGGAAUUGCAGGAGAACCAGGACUGCGGGGAGAAAAGGGCGACACAGGAAUGGAUGGCCAGAAGGGAGAAAAGGGAGAGCAAGGCAUACAGGGUGUGACGGGAUUGACGGGUCCUCCUGGAAGUGAUGGAACGCCUGGCGCUGAUGGCGAAGGAUUCGGGAUUCCCGGGGAAAGAGGAGAACCGGGCAGUUCUGGACCCAUUGGACCUCCGGGUAUACCAGGAAGAGAUGGUGAACCGGGACCCGUUGGCCCACCCGGACCUCAAGGAACGACGAUUACGGGAAAAAUUGGAGUAAAAGGAGAGACAGGAGAUAAAGGAGAGCCCGGGGUUAAGGGUCCGAACGGUCAGAAGGGAGAUAAAGGGGAGAAGGGUUUGAAUGGAAGCGAUGGAGAACAGGGAUUGUCCGGAGAAGAGGGACCUCAAGGUUUACCCGGUUUGCCGGGUGCUCAAGGGUUACCGGGUAUUAAUGGCAUCCCAGGAGUAAAAGGUGACUCCGGGGCACAGGGCCCGCCCGGACAGGGCUUUGAGUCCACAUCCGGACAACUCUUUUCAACACUUCAUACAGUUGUUGUUGUGCUACACAACGUGCAGUCGGGCCCUCCCGGACAGCGCGGAGACAACGGUCCGCCGGGAGAAGUGGGGGCACCGGGAAUGGCGGGUCCGCCCGGAACGCCCGGUCCGACCGGAAACACCGGUCCCAGGGGUCAAAACGGAGCGCCGGGAGAGCCCGGAGUUUCUGGCAAAACAUAUACAGAGGAAGAAUUGAAAGAAAUUAUCACAAAUGUCUUAAGAGGCCCUCCCGGCCCGCCCGGAAGGAAUGGCAAAACACGUAUCGGACCACAGGGACAACCAGCUUAUUCUAAACAAUACUAG